GUUAAAAAUCUGUAAGAGGCUGAUUUUAGAAUUCACCAGCUCCUCAGAAGUUUGGCGAAAUAUGAAUUAUUAAACCUACGAUCAGAUCAAGUUAGCCGCUAGACUCGUGUGACAACCUGUUUUUAAUCAGUGACUCAGCUGUGAUCACCCUGAUGUCACCGAAUGGCCACAGCUAGUAAAAGGUCACCAGGAGAACCCCAGUCUGACGACAUUGAAGCUAGCCGAAUGUAUAUUACUAUAAAUGGAGCAAGGGUAAAUGUAUCAAGUGAUUUGUGGCUCAUUAAAGCAAGAUUGUUUAAAUAAAUCCUCAGUUUACUGUAAAUGUUGGAAUGUCCCAGACCAGUCCUAAGGCCAUCUUUAUCCUUUCUCUCCAGGAAGCGAGCAGCUGCAAAGCAUCUAAUAGAACGCUACUACCAUCAGUUAACUGAGGGUUGUGGAAAUGAGGCCUGCACGAAUGAGUUUUGUGCUUCCUGUCCAUCUUUUCUUCGUAUGGAUAACAAUGCAGCAGCUAUUAAAGCCCUCGAGCUUUAUAAGAUUAAUGCAAAACUCUGUGAUCCUCAUCCCUCCAAGAAAGGAGCAAGCUCAGCUUACCUUGAGAACUCGAAAGGUGCCCCUAACAACUCUGAGAUAAAAAUGAACAAGAAGGAUGGAAAAGGAGCUAGAAUUGAUUUUAAAGAUGUGACUUAUCUUACUGAAGAGCUGGUGUAUGAAAUUCUUGAAAUUUGUAGAGAGAGAGAGGAUUAUUCCCCUUUAAUCCGUGUUAUCGGAAGAGUUUUUUCUAGUGCUGAGGCAUUGGUACAGAGCUUUCGGAAGGUCAAACAACACACCAAGGAAGAGCUGAAAUCUCUUCAAGGAAAGGAUGAAGACAAGGAUGAAGAUGAAAAGGAAAAAGCUGCAUGUUCUGCUGCUGCUAUGGAAGAAGAUUCAGAAGCAUCUUCCUCCAGGAUAGGUGAUAGCUCACAGGGAGACAACAACUUACAAAAGUUAGGUCCCGAUGACGUAUCUGUAGAUAUUGAUGCUAUUAGAAGAGUCUAUACCAGAUUGCUCUCUAAUGAAAAGAUAGAAACUGCCUUUCUUAAUGCACUUGUAUAUUUGUCACCUAAUGUAGAAUGUGACUUGACCUAUCACAAUGUGUACUCUCGUGAUCCUAAUUACCUGAAUUUGUUCAUUAUUGUAAUGGAGAAUAGGAAUCUCCACAGUCCUGAAUAUCUGGAAAUGGCAUUGCCGUUGUUUUGUAAAGCAAUGAGCAAGUUACCCCUGGCAGCCCAAGGAAAACUGAUUAGACUGUGGUCUAAAUACAGUGCAGACCAGAUUCGGAGAAUGAUGGAAACGUUUCAGCAACUUAUUACUUACAAAGUCAUAAGCAAUGAAUUUAACAGUCGGAAUCUAGUGAAUGAUGAUGAUGCCAUUGUUGCUGCUUCAAAGUGCUUAAAAAUGGUUUACUAUGCAAAUGUUGUGGGAGGGGAAGUGGACACAAAUCACAAUGAGGAGGAUGACGAAGAGCCCAUCCCCGAGUCCAGCGAAUUGACACUGCAAGAGCUUUUGGGAGAGGAAAGAAGAAACAAGAAAGGUCCUCGAGUGGACCCCCUGGAAACUGAACUUGGUGUUAAAACUCUAGACUGUCGAAAACCACUUAUCUCUUUUGAGGAGUUCAUUAACGAACCACUGAAUGAUGUUCUAGAAAUGGAUAAAGAUUAUACUUUUUUCAAAGUAGAAACAGAGAACAAAUUUUCUUUUAUGACUUGUCCCUUCAUAUUGAAUGCCGUCACAAAAAAUUUGGGAUUAUAUUAUGACAAUAGAAUUCGCAUGUACAGUGAACGAAGAAUCACUGUUCUCUACAGUCUAGUUCAAGGACAGCAGUUGAAUCCAUAUUUGAGACUCAAAGUCAGGCGUGACCAUAUCAUAGAUGAUGCACUUGUCCGGCUAGAGAUGAUUGCUAUGGAAAAUCCCGCAGACUUGAAAAAACAGUUGUAUGUGGAAUUUGAAGGAGAACAAGGAGUCGAUGAGGGUGGUGUUUCCAAAGAAUUUUUUCAGUUGGUUGUGGAGGAAAUCUUCAAUCCAGAUAUUGGUAUGUUCACAUACGAUGAAUCUACAAAGUUAUUUUGGUUUAAUCCAUCUUCUUUUGAAACUGAGGGCCAGUUUACUCUCAUUGGCAUAGUACUGGGCCUGGCUAUUUACAAUAACUGUAUCCUGGAUGUUCAUUUCCCCAUGGUUGUAUACAGGAAGCUAAUGGGGAAAAAAGGAACUUUUCGUGACUUGGGAGACUCCCACCCAGUUUUACAUCAGAGUUUAAAAGACUUGCUAGAAUAUGAAGGGAAUGUGGAAGAUGACAUGAUGAUCACUUUCCAGAUAUCACAGACAGAUCUUUUCGGUAACCCAAUGAUGUAUGAUCUAAAGGAAAAUGGUGAUAAAAUUCCAAUUACAAACGAAAAUAGGAAGGAAUUUGUCAAUCUCUAUUCUGACUACAUUCUUAAUAAAUCAGUAGAAAAACAGUUCAAGGCUUUUCGCAGAGGUUUUCAUAUGGUGACUAAUGAAUCUCCCUUAAAGUAUUUAUUCAGACCAGAAGAAAUUGAAUUGCUUAUAUGUGGAAGCCGGAAUCUAGAUUUCCAGGCACUAGAAGAAACUACAGAAUAUGACGGUGGCUAUACCAGGGACUCUGUUGUGAUUAGGGAAUUCUGGGAGAUCGUUCAUUCGUUUACUGAUGACCAGAAAAGACUCUUCUUGCAGUUUACAACAGGCACAGACAGAGCACCUGUGGGAGGACUGGGAAAGUUAAAGAUGAUUAUAGCCAAAAAUGGCCCAGACACAGAAAGGUUACCUACAUCUCAUACUUGCUUUAAUGUCCUUUUACUUCCGGAAUAUUCAAGCAAAGAAAAACUUAAAGAGAGAUUGUUGAAGGCCAUCACAUAUGCCAAAGGAUUUGGCAUGCUGUAAAACAAAAACAAAAAAAACAAAAACAAAAAAAAAAGGAAGAAAAAAAGGAAAAUUUAAAAAUUGAAUAACAUAACAAGAGGGAUAAGUGGUGGUGAUAGUGUCCCAGACAAAAAGGCUGUAAGAUAGUGAGCCAGGUAGUCAUCUGUGUCUGCGCCUCCCUUCUCUAUUGGGGAAAUGUGGGCUGGAACAGCAGAUUUCAGCUACAUAUAUGAACAAAUCCUUUAUUAUUAUUAUAAUUAUUUUUUCGCGUGAAAGUGUUACAUAUUCUUUCACUUGUAUGUACAGAGAGGUUUUUCUGAAUAUUUAUUUUAAGGGUUAAAUCACUUUUGCUUGUGUUUAUUACUGCUUGAGGUUGAGCCUUUUUGAGUAUUUAAAAUAUAUAUACCAACAAAACUACUCUCCCAAGGACAACAUUGCCACCAUUUGUAGACCAUGUAACCUUCAAGUAUGUGCUAUUUUUUUAAAUCCCUGUAUCUAACUCAAAUCAGGAAUUUUUUUUUUUUAAUGGUUUGCUUUUUAAACUUGAAGUCUUGGAAAGAGUGCGAUGCAGGUACUGCUGUUCUAGUCCCCAAAGAGUUUUCUGUGCAGAAUCUCGUGAAUCAAUAAAGAUGGAAGGAAGAAUGUGGAAUACUUUAACUGCAGCUCUCAGAACUUUACUUUAGUAACAGCACAAGAAAUUAAAAACUCAUGCCACAGUAUGUCAUUUUUAUGUGUCCUGCAAUGAACUGUUUUAGUAGCCAAUCCUCUUAAUAUAUGAAAGGACAGGGAUUUUUUGUUGUUGUUAUUGUUGUUUUAAGUUUACUGGGGAAAGUGCAUUUGGCCAAAUGAUACGGUAGUCAAGCCUAUUGCAACAGUUAGGAAGUUUGUUGUUUAUUAUAAACAAAAAGCAUGUGAAAGUGCACUUAAAAUAAGGUUUUUAUUAAUGACCUAGAUUUUAAAUAGACAAUCCAAAGGUCUCCCCUUUGUGUUGCCAUCAUCUUGUUUAAUCGGCGCUCUCUCAAGGCACAUGAUCAGUGUUGCAGCAUAAUAGAAAGGAUGGCUGCUGUGCUUUGUGUUACUUAGUCAUACAGUAAGCAAACCUGGAAAUGAAGGGAUCUGUUACUCCCGAGAAUGCCAUUGUAUGUCCCCAAAGGCUAAAUCUGACUACAGAAAAUGUUAUCAAUUACUUUCAUGUACCACAGAAAAGUACAAAUAGGUGAAAAUUACUGUAUAUUUAAAGUAGUAGCUUCCCCUUUCCUAGUCUUCUUUGUCUGUGAUGUUAAUUUCUUUUGAUGCAUUAUAAAAUAAAUGGAUUAUGUAUUUUUAACUAAGAAGAGACAUUGAUAUAUCAUUUUACUACAAGCUACAGUUUAAAGUGCUGAGCUUGUUCCUUGAUUAUUGUUUUAACUGAUACAGAUCAAUCUGAUGAUUUGUUUCAAAUUGGCAGGAAAAAUAUACCUUUCAAAUCAUUGGAGGGGAAAAAGGUUGUCUUUCAGGAUUAUCUUAAUUCUUUUAGUAAUUAAGACAGAACUGUUUUGUAGUGUAAUGCUGAAUAAAUAGUGGCUUUUCCACCGUGAUUUACAGGAAAAAACACAACACUUUUCAUGGUGUGACAAGGUAACAUGUGGUUUCCCUGGGCCAGCUUUUAGAAUGUUGUUUUGUAUGCUACCCUGAUGCGAAGGAUCCUCCUUUGAUUAGAGUCAUCACAAAGGGCCUCUCCCCAACUGUGCUUCUAUGCAGUAAGAAAUUGAGAAGAGGAAACGAAAUGCUCUGGGGACAUUUUAUGUAAUAAAUUCAUCAAAAAAAUUUGUGCUCUCCACUUCUCAAGUUUCAUUGUCACUGCAGUGUUGAAUUUCUAUAAUUGUAUUGUGUGUGAAGUUUUUAAAUGAUAAUUGAGUACAGGUUAUCAGGUACAGAAUUCACAUCAGAGAGACUUAAGGUAAAUAACCUAUUAAAAAUUUUUAAGAGAAAAUCUUGCACAGACUAGCUGCUCUUGCUUGCUUAGUAAUCAGUUAUUCUGGGCAUGUUAUCACUUCUGUUAUUACUGCCUUUCCACUAUUUACUGCAGUGUCACAAUAAUCAACAGUAUCUUUUUUUUUUUUUUUUUAACUCAGGACCUUUUGCUUGCAAGGCAGGAGGUGGAACCACUGAGCUAAAUCCCCCACCCUGAACAGUAUCUCAAGAAGAGGAAAACAGUAGAAACUUUAUCACAUAGCUACUCCCUCUAAUCCAUAUGUUAAGUUAUAAAAGUACUUUUUUUGGCUAGACAGUCUUUCAUAUAUUUUGAUUUUCUUUGGUUUGAAAUUUAUAGGAAGCUCCCUAGGGGGUAAAAUUAAACUAUGAAUUAAUUUGAUUUCUAGAUAAAAUGUAAGCUUUCUUUUACCUUGUAAUAGUGUAAAACAUUUCAAACAUAAAUUAACUAUCAGCCGAACUUUUCUGGACCCUUGUAGCUCCAGCAAGUGAGUUGUAUGUCCUAUUACCAUAUACUACUUUCCUGUACUGUGAUUAAUUAUGCAAUAAAAUCCAAGUGUGUCUCAAACUCCUCUACAGGAAGCUAUAUAUCAAAAGGAAACCUGAAAAGGGGGCUUCAAACAGAAAACUUGCUUAUGUUAUUUAUUAUUGGCACAGAUUAUUAAAAACAACUAUAGGCAUUAUCUAUCCUUGUCCCAUAAAAAGUCUGUUAUGAUAUUUUAAGGGUCCUUUAUGAAUUUUUCUCAAAAAUCCAAGCAAGUUUGCAGAGGAAGAAGCCUUCCCAGGAUUAUUCUCUUUGUGCUCUUGAUUCCCUACCUAGUUACUGCAUGUUUUCUGGCCUCCCAUUAGGCUAAAGACUAUCUGUACCUGUCUUUCUUAAACGAGUAAAGAAGCAAAACAUGGCUUCCACUCCCACUCCUUUGAUCUACAAUAUUAGUGUGUAAAGAAUUGCCAUGUCUGGGGAAGAGUGUGUUCCUAAGGUAGAGUCCCAAGCCUUUUCUCCCUUUCCUCUUCAGGUCAGUGGUUUGACAUUGUUAACAGUCACUACAAGAUUUUGAUGCAGUCUGGGCUGAAUUUCACUGUGCAUGGCUGCCAAUUCAGUGCCAUCCACUAGAAAUGCAUUGCCCAAGGAUACUCAUAACCUCUAAUUGCCAAAAUUAAGAACUCUUGUCUUUAAACCUUUACUGUACCCAGAACUGGGCUGCCGCUUCUCUCACUCCCCUUUCCUUCCCAGCUCAUCCAGAUCGCCUUGAGUGCACACUCCAGUUCUACUUAAAGCUGAUAUCUGAACCUGCCCAGUAGUCUCUGGUCAACCUCAAUUGCUCCCAGAGACCCUUCUCUAAGUCUGUGUCUUCUGCUCAGACCUGAAGAUGCCUUUCUGGUAUAACUCAAUGUCAGUACAGCUAAAAAUUACAUCUUUAAUCUUGAAUCUCUUUAUUUUCUUGAAAAUGCCACCUUCACCCUUAGUCAUUGAAGUCUCAUCCUUUGUCAUAAAUUGUCAGUUCCUUUCUCAGGUUUUUUCCAUUUACCCUGAGUGGCCUCCUUGACUCUGACCACCCAUUUCAUUCUGCUGAAACAUAAUUUUGUUAGUUCUAAUAUACUGUGUAUAAAAACUUGUUCUUUUCUGAAUAAAUCUCCAAGUCUAGCCUUCAAGACCCUGUAGAGACAUUUGCACCUUCCCGUCCAGUUUCCCUGUUGAUUGUAGGCACCACUCUUUAUGUGCCUACAUAACGUCUUUAGUUGCCAUGCUUCAUUGUUUUUAUAUUUCUCAGAUACCUUUCAAAUCCAAAUUUUUAAAGCACCUUGCCGGUGAAGAUCACUGAGCCCCAAGGGCCUGCAUAACAGCUCAUCUGUUCUCCAUGGCACAGCUCUUUAAUUUUAAUUGGAAUUCUUACAGCAUAUCUUGGGCUGCUCUUGAUAACAUCCUCCACACAGCUCACUUUGGAGCUUCUCUUUAAUUUGUUUUUUUUUUUAAUAACCAUUGCUAGAAGUAUAAACUUCAUGGUGGAGAUAGUCUACUUUUUACUUGGGCAAAGUUUUAGCUCCAUCUUCUCACCAGCUUGACAGUAUCAGCACGAAAAAUAGCCCAGCCUACAGAGUGUUUUAAUGAAACAUGUCUGUCUUUCCACUAAAUGUUAUCUCUGGUCCCCAUUCCUUCCCCCCAAAAGUUGUUUUUUUCCUCCCUGAAGAGACACCUUGGAAUUAUUUGCUGUGUCAUUUUAGCCUAUGGAAAUAGAGGGAUGAAAGGGCCUAAGGCCUUAGAAAGUAAAUUUUUUUGUGUGUGAACAUUUCCAACCUGACUAUAGUGUGCUCAGGUGACCAGUAACCUCUACAGCCAUAUUCUCUGUGGCCACACUUCCCUUCCCUUCACCUCAUUGCAGAUGGAAGCUAGAAUCCACCAUUCUGCCCUUGGCCAGCCACUGACAUGGAUUGAAGAGCCUCAGCUGAACGCUGCUUUUACAUCUUCUAGGUUGACCACCUUGAAAUUCUAAAAAGGGCAGAUACAGUCCCUUCUGUACAUGAUCUUGCGUCCUACAGAGUAAGUCACUGACUCUAGAGGUGCCUUGCCCAAAGUCACACAGCCCAGCCCAUCUAAAAUCUGCCAUCUUCCUGUUGUCAGAAAUCAUACAAUCAAGACUCUUAAGCUCAACUGAACAGGAGCUGGAGUAAUUCCAUGGUUUAUCUUCCAGUCUCCUAAAAACCAUGGAAAGCAUGGUUUCCGGCAGUGUCUAAGAAACAGCACACAGUGGUUGAGGGUGCAGUCCUCAGUCAAUCGCGGCCCUGCCUUCCCUUGUCUCAGUUUACACCCAGUCCUGCCUUAUCACUGCUUGGCAGGAUUCAAAGAAAUUGGGAUACACAUGCUUAAUAUCUUGCAUGAGAGACUGAGAUGGGUUCUCCCAAAAUUUGCCAGUGAAAUUAGAGAAAGUAUUGAGAAAUUGGAAAUGUUUGUAAUGGAGAUUUAUUUUACACAUGUUGACCUUCCCUCAUCCACCUGAAAAUGGAAGAGGUGUGCUUUCUCUCAUCUUUAAGAUACAAUUCACAUAUCAUAAAAAUUUCCCUUUUUAAAUUAUAAAAUUUGUGGUUCUUAGUAUACUCAAAAUUGUGCAGUCGCCCUUGUUAUAAAAUUCAGAGCAUUUUCAUUGUAAAAAAUUCUGUACUCAUUAGGAGUGAUUACCUGUUCUUAACUCCCAGCCUCUGGCAACCACUCUCUACUUUGUGCCUGUGGAUUUUCCUGUUUUAGACGUGAAAUCAUACAAUAUGUGGCCUUUUUUGUCCUUCCUGGCCCCCUUUAGAGUAAUGUCACCUUGUAGCAUGUAAGUGGUACUUGGUUUCUUUUUGUGGCUGAGUAAUGAUGUUGUACUGGUAUACUGUACUUUUUUUUUUAUAAUCCAUUCAGUUGACGGACACAUGUUGUUUUUUCUUCUUGGCUGUUUUGAAUACCGCAGCUAUGAACGUUUGUGUACAAGUUUUUAUAUGGACUUGUUUUCAUUUCUCUUGGUCGUAUCUUCUAAGCAUAUAUCCUAUCCUUUUGGUUCUUACAUUUAGGUCUUUGAUCCAUUUUUGUAGGUCGUACACUUUGGGAUCUGGUUUCAUUCUUCGGUGUAUGGACAUCCAGACACCAUUUAUUGAAAAGACUCAUGAGUGGUCUUGACACUUGUCAAAAACAAUUGACCAUAAGUGUAAGACUUUAUUUUUGAACUUACAAUUUUAUUCCAUUCUCUAUGUCUGUCCUUACGCCAGUACCACACUGUCUUGAUAGCUUUGUAGUAAGUUUGAAUUUAAAAUGUAUGGGUCCUCCAACUUGGUUUUACUUCCAGAUCAUUUUUUCUACUCUGGGUCCCUUGAGUCCCAUAUGAAUUUUAGAAUCAAUUUGUUAAUUCUCACAAAUAAAUACGUGGGAUUUUGAUAGUGAUUGUGGUGAAUCUAUAGAUCAGUUUGAGGAAUGUUGCUAUUUUAACAGUAUUAAAUUUUUCCA